UCUUUGUUUUGGAAGUGGACUUCUCCUUUAACUUUACAGUAAAAAAAAAAAAAAACAUUAGCUGUGGUUCCCAGUGUUUUACCUUAAAAAGUUACAGUAGUAACGUGUUUUAAUGGGAUUUAAGUGUCUCAUAAUAAUAAAAAACAAACUUACACUUAAUUUAACAAAAUCACCAGUGAUGCAUUAUUUCGUAAAGAUUUGAAACUUCUGUAAAUUGUUUUAAAACAGUGGUUCAGAGCGCAUAAGAAACUGCCAAAGUCACAUGAUUUCCCGUAAACGAGGCUUCAUUAUGUAACACAACUGUUUCAAAACUUUUUUUUUUUCGAAAUUUCAGUGGUUGAUCUAUGUGAACCCGCCAAUCUUGCGAGUUCACUGAGAUUGAACUACUGAACCAGUGUCUAUGCUUUUACCUGAUCUCAGAUCAGUUCAAAUCAAUUUGUAGACAUUUUUACGGAACAUUAAUUAAAAGCAUGAGAAAUACUAUCUCUGUAGAAGCUGUCCAUAAAACAAACAAACCAAGCCCUGCAAAUUAAUAUAAAAUAUUUUGAAAACCACAUUAUGAAAAAAAAACAGAAUAUUUGUUUUAUUAGUUUAUUGCAUUUAAUGUAUUAUACAUUCAAUAAAACAUUUGUAUUAGGUUUUAAUGCAUGUUUUAAUCAGUUUUGUUGCAUUUACACACGCUUUGAAACAGUAAAUCAUUUUGCGAGGCAUUUGAAUCAGUUACAUCGAAGCUUGUAGCGUCAGAAUUAGGAAGAGGCUGAUGGGAAGAUACGCCGUUCUAAAGCGAAAGUGACGGAUAUAGAGCAGUAAGACACGGCAAACCAGGGGAUCAUUAUUCAUCAUCUUUUUUUGUUGCAUUUUAAUUGCAAUCGCGAAUGUGGUGAAGGGUGCAAGGAAAAAAAACUUUUCUUGAGGCAGGUAGACAGAUGGCAUCUACUACAGAUCAGUCUCUGGAAGCAGAGGAUGAGCUGGACAAUUACAAACCAAAGAGGCAAAAAAGAGAAGUUACAGCUGAUGAACUGGAUAAGGCAGGUUCAUUGGUGGAUGGGUCAAUGCAGGCGAUCAGCACCUCUCACACUUCAGUCAGUGUUGAUCUUAAUGCUCAAUCAGGUGCAACUGUAAAAGCUCCUGUACUCACUGGAAAUGUCAUCCGAGGUUCUGUAAUCUUUAACUACAACUCAGCCACUGAUGCUGAUGGGGUGCAAAAUCUACCCAAUGGACAGACAUGUCAGAAACAAGGGGACGAUGUCUUGAAAAACAUAGUGAAAAGUCACAAAGAAAACAUGAAGGCCAAAACGAUUUGUGUAUUUGAGGGCAAAAAGGAGAACAAAACACACCUCCGCAAAGUGUACACUGAACUCUUCAUCACUGAAGGGGACAUUACAGACGUCUAUGAUGAACAUGAGGUUCUGAGGAUUGACCGAGCCUUAAAAACGCCCAAAUUUGAGGACACACCAAUCGACUGCAAUGACAUAUUCUGUUUAUUAAAGCAAAACGAGAACAUUGUGCUGACCAAAGGCAUUGCUGGCAUCGGAAAGACAUUCUCCGUGCACAAGUUCAUCCUGGACUGGGCUGAAGGAGAAAGCCAAUCAUGAUUUGGACUGUGUGUUUGUGCUGCCAUUCAGAGAGAUUAACUUGACUAAAGAUGAUAAAGAGAUCAGCCUUCAUGAGCUUCUCGUAGAAUUUUAUCCUGAAUUGAAAGAUGUGGGAAACACCAAGUUUUAUGAAAAAUGCAAGUUUGUGUUCAUCUUUGAUGGACUUGAUGAGAGCCUCCUGGAACUGGAUUUUAACAGUAAGUCAGUGAACUGUGUAAACAAAAAAUCAUCUGUU